GUGCCGCUGCCGCCGCCGCGGGGCUGCCAGGGCUGCCGGGAGCGGAGCCGUCGGAGCGGAAGCGCCCCCGCCGCCGCUGUCGGGGCGCCCAAGGCGGGAGCCAUGUCGAAGAGGCUGCGGAGCAGCGAGGUGUGCGCCGACUGCAGCGGCCCCGAUCCCUCUUGGGCAUCAGUGAACAGGGGAAUUUUGAUAUGUGAUGAGUGCUGCAGCGUACAUCGGAGCCUGGGACGUCACAUCUCUCAAGUGAGGCAUCUGAAGCACACGCCGUGGCCCCCCACGUUGCUUCAGAUGGUUGAAACUCUGUAUAAUAAUGGUGCUAAUUCUAUCUGGGAACAUUCUUUGCUGGACCCUGCUUCCAUCAUGAGUGGGAGGCGGAAAGCUAAUCCACAGGAUAAAGUGCAUCCCAAUAAAGCGGAAUUCAUCAGAGCCAAGUACCAGAUGCUUGCGUUUGUUCACCGCCUGCCCUGCCGCGAUGACGACAGUGUUACUGCCAAAGACCUCAGCAAGCAACUCCAUUCGAGUGUGAGGACCGGAAAUCUGGAAACGUGCUUACGGCUGCUGUCUUUAGGAGCCCAGGCCAACUUUUUUCACCCUGAGAAGGGAAACACCCCACUCCACGUGGCUGCCAAAGCGGGGCAGAUUUUACAGGCUGAGCUGUUGGCAGUGUAUGGGGCCGAUCCAGGCACUCAGGACUCAAGUGGGAAAACCCCCAUUGAUUAUGCCAGACAAGGAGGGCACCGAGAGCUGGCAGAACGUCUGGUCGAGGUGCAGUAUGAACUCACAGACAGACUCGCCUUCUACCUGUGUGGCAGGAGGCCAGAUCACCAAAACGGACAGCACUUUAUUAUACCUCAGAUGGCAGACAGCAGCCUGGAUUUGUCUGAAUUAGCAAAAGCUGCUAAGAAGAAACUUCAAUCUCUAAGUAACCACUUGUUUGAGGAGCUCGCCAUGGACGUGUAUGAUGAAGUUGACAGACGAGAAACUGAUGCAGUGUGGCUUGCGACCCAGAACCAUAGCACUUUGGUGACUGAAACAACAGCCGUCCCCUUCCUUCCAGUGAAUCCGGAGUAUUCUUCGACAAGAAACCAGGGCAGGCAGAAAUUAGCCCGGUUUAACGCUCAUGAGUUUGCUACACUGGUCAUAGACAUCCUGAGUGACGCCAAGAGGAGACAGCAGGGGAACCCAAGCAGCGGUUCGAAAGACAACGUGGAGCUCAUCCUGAAAGCCAUCGGCAGCCAGCCCAGCCUGGAGAGUCAAGACAAUGACCAGCCAGACUAUGACAGCGUCGCAUCUGACGAAGACCCAGACUUAGAGACGACAGCGAGUAAAGCGAGCAGGCAGAAGAGCCUGGAUUCCGACUUGUCAGACGGGCCAGUCCCCAUCCAAGAGUUCAUGGACGUCAAAAAUGCUCUGGUGGCUUCUGAGGCAAAGAUCCAGCAGCUCAUGAAGGUGAAUAACAGCCUGAGCGACGAGCUGAGAGUGAUGCAGAAAAAGCUUCUGACCCUCCAGAGCGAGAAUUCGACCCUCAGGAGGCAGGCCACCACCCAUCUCUGUCAGGUGCCGCCUGGCUCUGAGUACCCAGACCCCUCCAGCCCUUCCUCCUUAAAGCGGCGUCCAUCUGCCCGGGGCAGUAGACCCAUGUCCAUGUACGAGACCGGAUCUGGUCAGAAACCCUACCUCCCCCUGGGGGAAGUCGCCUACCCAGAAGAGAGCGUGGCCAGACUGCAGCCUUUCCCCCCGCAUAUCGGGAGGAGUGCGUUCGUGACCUCCUCUUCAUCUCUGCCUUCCUUCCCCUCCACACUUUCCUGGUCAAGGGAUGAAAGCGCACGAAGGGCUUCCAAGUUAGAGAAACAGAACAGCAUGCCAGAGAGCGACUAUGACAACACCACCCCUGACUCCGAGCUGGACGACACAGGGUCAGGCAGAAAGGCAAGACAGCGGAGCAUCGUCUGGCCCGGGGAGGGAGCCAUCCCUGAGGUGGGAGACCCCCACGGCGUGUCAAGUUCUACCCUUCCGAGCACAGAGGACGUCAUUCGGAAAACUGAACAGAUCACCAAGAACAUCCAGGAACUCUUGCGAGCAGCCCAAGAAAAUAAGCACGACAGCUACAUUCCGUGCUCAGAGAGGAUACACGUGGCCGUGACUGAAAUGGCAGCCCUCUUCCCCAAAAAACCCAAAUCUGAUAUGGUGAGGACUUCGCUGCGCCUCCUGACAUCCAGUGCCUACAGACUCCAGUCAGAGUGCAAGAAAACCCUGCCGGGGGAGUCCAGCUGUCCGGCAGACAUCCAGCUGGUCACCCAGCAGGUCAUCCAGUGUGCGUACGACAUCGCCAAGGCCGCCAAGCAGCUGGUGACCAUCACCACCAAAGAGAACAACCACUGAAGGCCUCUUCGCUUUCUUAGUCUUUGUAAGAUCCAAGUUCAGAUGUAGACGCGGAACGUUACAGAUUUUUACAAAAAACAAUUUAGUGGCAGAGUAAACUUUUUAAAAUAAGACUCAGUAUUAUUUUUGCAUGUUUUCUAACAGAUUUUCCACUGUUAAUUUAACCCACUUGCCUUAUUUUGUGCCUGUUUUGCCUGUUUCGUUACUGAUCCUGGUAUGUUGUAAACAGCUCUUGGGUUGAUUUGUCCGUUACGUGCAAAAAAGUCUCGUGUUUGUCAACUCUAGCAACUUCUCGUCGUCUCUGGUUAAAAUUAGGAAAAGAGCUUUAGGAAGAAAUGUCCUCGAGACAGGUGGACCCAAACUGUACAGUCUCUGUCUCUGUCCCAUAUACAAGCAUUGUGCAAUUGCUAGAAUUUCACCAGGUUCCUGCAACGCCUGGGAAGUUUGCCGUGUCCAAACCCGUGCAGGGAAGGGUCCUGGCCCCUUUCUGAUCCCCAGCCUUGGAAGGAAGCAUGGGGACCAGCGGGGUGGAGAUGACCUACAGGCUGGUCCUUCUCUCCCAUCUCUUCCUGGAACGAGGAACCACGCUCUUUCUUCAUUGUUAGGCUAGGUUGGGCCGAGACCACCAGCUGCAGGGUUUGUGUCCAGGUAAGGCCUUUUGCCCUGUGAUGAUGGAGCAGAGGUUUUUUAUGAGAACUGAUGGCAAAAAAGCACGUAGGUUGAGUAAGCUGCGGCCAGUUCUCUCGAGCCCCCUCAGACACUGCUGCCGUUGCCUGAGGUCAAAAGUCAGAAACGGCUUUGGUCGUCCCUGCCACGGGACGUGUUCCUUCAUCCCCGUCAGCCUACAGGGAUUCCUCCUUGUCCUGCAAGAAUUCGCUGCAGAAUGAGUCUUCGUGUUCCUCAAGCUGGUUUUCACCCUCCCUAAAAAGUAGCCACCACUUGGAAAAAACUCCUCAGGCCCACGUGCUCCUCAACUGCCAGAUAUCCCCAAGCUGGGACAGAUCAUCAGCUGUGGCUUCCGUCCCUGGGGACUUUCUUCAUUCAUAGAAAGAGGGUCCCUUCAGCUUGAUUGUGAAGGUCUGUGUGUGGGUGUGGUUCAGGUAGGGCAGGGCUUCUGGGACUGGGUCGUUUGUGGGCGUUGCUGUCUGUGGUCACCUUGGCUGCGAAUCCUGGUUUGCCCGUAGAACAGACCCAUCGCUGCUGUUUGUUAGGAGGGCAUUGGCUGGCUCUCUCUUUUAAAUUACAUCUGCAAUAGCCUACUUAUCAUUGUGCAGAUGAACACAUUGGAAUAAUCAUAGUAAAAUGUGGUCCACUGCUUCCAGUGAUGUCUAAGCUUGGCUGUGUGCUAAAUGGAUUCCUCUGAUGCAGAAGCGUGUUUGUUGCUUUGGCCAUACCUGUCAUGGAAUCACUCCAUGGUAGCAUUUCCGGUGCAUUGCAGAUUGGGUUCUCCCCUCCAGCUUUGCUCUCUUGAAGAUAAAGGGGGGAUGUGUACGUGUGUGUGUGUGUUUGUGUACAUGUGUGCGUGUGUGCAUGUUAGGGGAAGGACUCAUUUCUUGUCAUUCUCAUCCCCUUGUUCGCAUUGCCACCAAGUGCCAUAACCUUGUCGGACGCUCAUGUGGGGCUGUCGCUGUCACUGCCUUGGACCGGGGCAGCUGGCGGUGGAAAGGUCACUCUGUGUUUUUUGUUUUAAAAAGAAAAAACUGCCUGGUAACUCUCUUUGUACUCAGUGCCCUCUCUUUGUCCUUCUACAUUGUAAAUAUUUGCUCCUCCUGUUUGGUUUAGCCCCCAGACCUUAGCUGGUUAAUCCUGUGGAAAUGCAGGUGACAGUUCUGAAUUGGUGCCAUUGAUGAAUUGACCAAUAGAAGACAGAGUGUCUCAACUGUUGGGAAAGCUAAGCUAUUUUCAGUGUAUUGAUGAGCUCAUCUCAAGUGACCCCUUUGUUCCUAAAUGGUGAACAACGUCCCAAGAAAGACGAAGGAAGCAAAAGCGUUUGUAGGCAAGAUGUUGCAGUGUGAGCACUCUCUCUGUGCCCAGCCAGUGCCAAAACCAUGCAGAGAAGUCCUUAAUUAGCACAAUUAGCAGGAACAGAAGCAAUCGCCAGUGGGCCAUGUCUCGCCUGCCCCAUUCCAGAGGCUUUCUGUUCUGUUGGCCCAGGGCACCCCGCCCCGGGGGGUUGUUUUUGGUCCCCUUUUGCACGUGUCGGGGUCAGAGGGCACCAAAGAGCCCUCUUGGCCAUGUCUGUUUUUCUUCUGGAAGCAUGCAUUGCUCCCCUUCUGAGAAGCCAAGAGGACAGAGGUGCACUUUAGGAGCAGAUAUUACAAACGCCUUUGCCCUUGAGGCCCCUCGGCCCAGAAUCCCAUCCUGUCUGUCAGGUGCGUUCCUGUUUGCCAAAAAGGGGGACCUGGGCCCUCAGAGGCGCGGCUCCGGAUCUGGGACCCAAUGCCGAUGUGACUUCACUGGCAGGACCUCGGAGGAGGCCCUUCCUUCUUUCUGCAGGUGCGUCAGUGAGCUUCCAGGGAGUUCAUCUCAUGUUUCUUUCCUUGUCCUGGGUGGAGUGAAAUCCUUUUUUUUUUUCCAAAAAUGCUGCAUAAGAAAAACAAAAAUGCCUUUUUAUUGAAAAGUGUAUUUAUCAGUGUCACUCAUCAUUCUGUACUUAUGAUUUCGCUUCUGUUGUACAUUCUAUUAUUGUAAUUAUUGUACAACCUUUUAAAUGUUGUAAAAUUGUUUUGCGUUCUGUGCCUGCUAGUUAUGCAAUAAACAGGCUUUACAAAUGUC